AUGGAAUACUCCCACCGCCUCAGCGCUUGCCUGCAGGCCCUCGACUCCGAGGCUCCAUUCGACGUGCCCCCCUACGCGUCCAUGUACUCGGAAGGACCUAUAUCUUUCGGUGUUACCUCGUCUCCCGCACCCCAUGGAAGCCCUGAUUCUACAAUGUCAUCUGACUCUGUCGACAUUGGCGCGUCCUUCGCCUUCUAUACCCCUUCGGUUGUCUCUGCCGGGUCAAUGCUCGGGCUCAUGACCUCCUCCGGUUCCUCCUUGACCAUGCCCGUGGUCCCCAACUACCUGGGCAACGAUAUCUUCGGAAACCUGGAUAGCACCUCACCGCGGGGGCGCCCGUUUGUCGGGGAUACGUUCCUGGACCAACCGAUUGACGGAUACGAUUCCUUCCUCGGUAGCCCCUCCCGUCUCGGCGGUCGAAUCCACUCCCCGUACUCCCCGUCCCUCAGCACCUCAGACCACCACCAUGGUGGUGCAGAUGAUUAUCACGACGCGCACAACAGGCCCCCAUCACCCUCAAACAUUUCUGCGUCAUUCUCAGAGCAUUCCUCGGUCACAUCUCCGGCCGAGGUGCUUUCCCCCAUCCCGGCUCUUUCACUGCCGCCCUUGCCUGUGACCCACGCGUCUCGCGCCAAGGCAGCGAAUGCCAUCUUUCAGCAGCAGGUAUUGGACACGCAGCAGAUUACGGAGGGAGAGAGCGACGACUCGGAGUCCGGCGACGAGUACGUGCCGUCGCGUGCAGGGCCUUCGCGUGCAAGGCCUUCGCGUGCAAAGCCUUCGCGUCCAGCACCGGCACGUCGCCAGGGGGCGCGCACGCGUCGAUACGCGCCAUACGCGCGCGCGGUAUCUCCUACCGUGCCAUCGCCGUCGUCCCAGCCCCAGCCCCAGCCGCAGUUCGAGCGCGCUACGCCACGGAACGAACAAUUCGACGGGGAGGUACGUCCGCCGUCUCCAGGAGCGACUCAGUGCAAGUACUGCCCGGCAUCAUACAAGCGGUGGUGUGACCUGGACAGGCAUGUCCGGAGCCAUGACGGGAAUGCUCGCAGGACGCUCUGCGGCGGACUCCCGAAGGCGGAGGCCAUUAGCGCCGGCGUCAAUGUGAAGGCCGAGAUGCCGUAUGUCUAUGACGGAGUGGAAUAUUAUGGCGGAUGCAUGAAGGAGUUUAGUCGUAAGGACUCGCUCUCCCGCCAUCUCCAGCGUUCGAAGUGCCGCGUCGGAAGCCUUACGACGCAGUACAAUUUGGAGCGCGCCCGCAGAUUAUAG